CCUUAGAAGCUGCGCGGGCGAAAACGAGCGAUUCUGCGUCCAGUGGAUCGCAUUUCCCCAGACUCCAUUUCCCCGAUGAGGUGCUUGGCCCCGACCCCGACCCCGACCCCAACCCGGUCACCGGUCCGGGAGGUUGUGCGCACGCCAGCAUCCGCAGUACCUUUGGUCCAACGAAUGUUACGACUCUGGCACAGCCUCCUUUCACCUCAGCUCUACGCCACUGUCUAAUGGCCACUACCUGCACACGCCUCCUCUCGCGCUCGGCAUAUAACACCGUACGUUGCGUCCCAUGUCACUUGACUCCCUUAGGGGCACGCCCCAUGGAUCGCAUGGCGGUCCGCUAGUGCGAUAGGCGAGCUCUGGAACUCACUGACGAGGCUGCGUUACGCCCGAUCCCCUCCUACGCGCUUAUCCGCUGAAUGCGCUGACACCUACAUUGUAAACCACGAGCAUUACAAUCUAGAUCACUAGUCACAAGCCACGCUGCCAUCAUGUGGGCCCGGGGCACGAGCAGUUCGGCAAGGUCCCAACCGCUGCGCGAUGCCGUUGCGAACCCUGAGGGUGCCGGUUCCGCACUGGCCUUCCUGCAUCGUGCAUCCAAAGGCAACAUGCGCUAUCUCAGCUCUGGCUGUACUGCCGAAGCGGCUCUGGGGCCCCAGCCGCAGGGGCGUUACCAGGUCCGCAACCGGGCAUACCGCACAGCCCCAACCGCCAGCCGCGGUGCCGGCGUGGCGGCUGGCGCAGUCAACGCGGUCAAUGCCAGCACUGCCUCAGCUGACGCUUCGCCGGCUGUCGUUCACACGGACGUGGCAAUCGUGGGAGGCGGUCCCGGCGGCCUCGCGGCAGCUGCGGCUCUGUCGCGCGUGUUGGACCCAUCUGUGCGCAUCAAGGUGUUCGAGGCCGCUCGGGGCUACAGCGAGGCGGGCGCGGGCGUGGGCAUGCACAUCAACGGCCUCAUGGCGUGUGAGGCCAUCCACCCCAGCAUCGCGCACACGCUGUACGACAAGGCCUGCUACAGCCUGUGCUCGUACCAGUACGACGACGUAACAGGGCAGCGCAACGCGGGCGGCACCAUCGCGGUGGACCGGACGGGCCAGAUGGAGGCGACCGGGCACUGCCAGGCCCUGAUGUACUGGAACGACGUGCGCGAGUCCCUGUACGAACACCUGCCGGACCCAGGCAUGGUUGAAUUCGGCUGGCGCGCUGCCGGCUGCCAGGCCCUUGAUACCGCGGAGCAAGAGCUGCUGUCCGGGGCUGCAGCUGGAGCUGGUGCGGCUGCAACCGAGCUGCCCUGGGGUCAGCAGCCGUACCACUACGAGCUGCGCAUGACGCGGCAGCGGGCCUCCGGCUCGGUUGGCGGCGGCGGCGCGGCGGCGCUGGCAGCCGGGGAGGACGGAGGAGAGGACGCGGAGGGCGGGGAGAAGCGGCGCGAGGCCGGUGAUCCGGCGGCGGGGGAGCUGAUGGUGCGUGCCAAGGUGGUGAUUGGCGCAGAUGGCUACUUCAGCCGCAUCCGCCGGGAGCUGCUGGGCGGCACGCCGCCGGUGUUCAGCGGUAUGGUGAUGUGGCGCGGCAGCUUCACUGCGGAGGAGCUGAGCUCGGGCGCGGUUCCGCUGCCGCCGGCCGCCUUCGGCGCCGGCGCCUCUGACCGCGCCGCCUCUCACCGCUGGAUGCCGGCUGGGACGGGGAUUGCACCGGGGCAGGGCCGCGUGCUGUUGCUGUUCCUGGCGCAGGGCGGUGACGGCAUCGGCGCCUGGUACCUGCAGAACAGCGUCAAGGCAGUGCAGGAGGCGGGCGUGGAGUUCCCGCCCGCGGGCGCCGCUGGCGGCGUGGGAGGCCUGGUGGGCUCGGCGGCGUUGGCUCGCGGCCUGGCGGUCAACGCGCACCUGCCUCCCGACGUGGCGGCGCUGCUGGCGGCCACGGCCCCGGAGCGGGUGACGGAGCACGGGCUGUAUGUGCAGCCCCUGGACUCGGUGGAGCAGGGCAGCUGGACGCGCGGUCAUGUGGUGCUCAUCGGCGACGCCGCGCACGCCGCGCCGCCAGACGGCCAGGGUGCCAACCUGGCGAUUGAAGACGCGGUGGUGUUGGCGGACGUGGCGCGGCAACACGGCGGCGUGCUGAGCCCGCAGGUGUUUGCGGAGUGGGAGGCGCUGCGGCAGCCGCGCGUCAAGGCCAUCCUGGGCGACACCAAGUACCCCUUCCCCGACCGCAUGGCCGCCAUUCAGGCCUCCUCCUUCGCGCAGCUGUGGGCGCCCGGCGACCCCGGCCUGCCCACCUCACUGCCCGCCGACGCCGGCAGCGACGGCAGCAGCAGCAGCCCUGGCAGCAGCGGUGGCGGCAGUAGCGGCAGCGAGGCGCUGCCGAGCAUGGAGGAGCUGCGGGCCUGGUCGCGGCGCACCAUCCGGGCCAUUGUGGAGAAGCGGCUUGCGGAGGUGGCGGCCAAGGGGGCGGUGGCUCAGCCAGCGGGUGAGGGAGGCCUGCAAGGACAGGGGCGGGGCCAGGCGGCGCCGAUUGGCGCUGCGGUGGGUGCGCGGGAGGUGGCGGGUGGCCGGUGAGGCCUGGCGGGAACUGCUGAGAUGUUGAUGUGAUGUGGCGUCGUGGGUAGGCCUACGAGAUUUGGGACAAGGGCGCGCAGGCUACGGAAGCGAUACGGUACGCUGUGGUAGAGGAAUCACCCGUGACAGACGAGUCUGGAAUAGUGUAAAUAUACAAUGUU